AUGGCACAGACCGCUUUAAGAUUGACAGCAAGGGAAAAUGAAAUAGAGUAUCCAGAAGCAGGAACGAUCCUUAAAAGGGACACUUAUAUGGACGAUAUUUGCCCAUCUGUCAGAACUAAGGAGGAGGCAAGCAAGAUAAUCCAUGACGUAGAAAAGGCAUCCAAUGAAGUUGUAUUAGUAAUAUUUAGUGAUGCAAGUGAGAAAGCGUUUGGAGCCUGUGCAUAUGCUAGGUGGAGAUUAGAAAGCGGAUCAUUUGAAUCAAGACUGAUAACAGCCAAAUCACGUGUAGCCCCAUUGAAGAAAUUAACGGUACCGCUAUUAGAGCUACAGGCGGCAGUUAUGGGAGCGAGACUAGCAGAUGCAGUAGUUAAAGAGUCUACUUUCAAAUUCAGUAACCAGAUUUUAAUGACAGACAGCAUGAUCGUGCUGGAGUGGAUAAGACGACCAGCUCAAUGCUUUAAACAAUUUGUUGCAGCUCGAGUUUCUGAGAUUCAACGCAAGACGCAGAUAGCAAAUUGGAGACAUGUUCCAGGAAUAUUAAAUCCUGCCGACGACUUGUCCAGAGGAAUGAGAGCGGACAAAUUAACUGAUAGGUGGAUAAAUGGACCUGAAUUUAUAAGUAAGCCGAUAAGUGAGUGGCCUCAAGAGAAGUCAGAUAAUGACACCGAGGAUACAGAAGAAAGAAGGAUGGCAUUUAACGGGAAUGUUGUUGUGAACCCAGGAGAAGUUGAUAUUGUGGAAUGCAAGACUUGGGAAGAAAUGUUAGAACUCUAUCGACAAAGAAUAUACGGCAAACAGUCAGAAGCUUUGAAUGCCGAAAAGGUAAGAGAAAUUGAACUCUUACUGUUAAAGAGAGUGCAGAAAGACUGUUUUGCAGAAGAGUAUGAAGUACUAAAGAAUGGUGGUAAAAGCGUAGCAAAGAGCAGCAAACUGGUAAAUCUCGACCCACAAUUCGAUAUGGAAUCAGAGCUCAUCCAAGUAGGAGGUCGAUUAAAGAGAAAUGAUCAACUGGAGAUGGAGGUGCACCCAGUUGUACUGGACCCGAGUCAUCAGAUUACACAGUUGCUCAUAAAGAGAAUAGACAGUAAUGUUUUUAACCAUGGUGCAGGAGUGGAGCAAGUAUUCAGUUAUAUAAGACGACGUUACUGGAUAUUGAAAGGGCGUUGUAAAAUCAAGUCGAUACUCAGGACAUGUGUUAGUUGUCAAAUGUGGAGAAAAAGUCCAGCUGUACCAAAAAUGGCAGACAUUCCAGAGGCAAGAACAAGAAUCGGAUUGCCUCCAUUUUACUCCACUGGAAUGGACUGCUGGAGCCCUAUGAUGAUUAAAGUUCGCAUAUCCAGAGAGAAAAGAUGGGGGGGGGGUCAUCUUUAA